AUGUUUGAUUUUGGAUUUCAUAAUUGGUAUCAAUCUUAAUAAUUAAAAUGCAAAGGACUUAAUCAUUUUGGAAAUAGAUUAGAAAAAUUAGAAAAUUUAUAUUUCCUUCCUAUAACUAAUCAUGCUAUAGAUGAACUUCAUCUAUUAUGUGAGAAAUGUAGUAAAAAUGAAUCAAAUCAAAGGAUUAAUGUACAUUCAACAUACUCUUAUGCAAUAUCAUGGUUCAAGCAAUUUGAAUUACAUUAUUUGGGGUAUUUAACAAAUAACACUUUUCUCACUAAAAAAUAGGGUAAUGAAAUUUAACACAGAGAAUUUUAGGAUAAGUUAUUAUUAUUAUCAAAUUGUAUUAAUGAUUUAAAUCAUAGCAAAAUUGAAUCUUUUAUAUUAUCAAUAUGGAAUUCUUAAAUGAUCUAAAAUAAUGUAAUUGACAAAUAAUAUGAACAAUAGACAUUUUUGACUUUUGUAAAGUAAUAAAGUAAUCAAUUGUUUUCUUUAGCUUCCAGACACUUUUAUAAUAUCUUUCUCAAAGCUGAUGUGAAACUUAAAAGUUAAGAUGAUUGUGAUAUUGUUUAAAUUGAUGUUUCAAAAGACUUUGUAUUUUUAUUAGAAAAUUCACUUCUAAUUAAUAAAUAAUUAGUAGUUUCUAUAUAUUUAUAUCCAAGUUUAGAGUAUGUUGAUUCCUUUAAAAAAGAAAACAUUAAUCUAAAAGAUUUUGUGAUGAAAUCAAGCAUAUAUUCAAAUCUAUUAUUAUUUCAAUACUAAAAUACAUUAAGGAUAAUGGACAUAUUUGUAUAAACAUAAAAAAAAGAAGAAUACACAAUUAAAUUUCUAAUUAAUUUUCAUUAUAAACACAAUUGUGAUAUAAUUGACUCUAUUAUUGAGGAUAAUAAUAUAGUAUUUAUUGAUCAAACCUAUAAACUAUUUGCUGUAAAUGCUUAAAAAAAGGAAGUGAAAUAUCUAACUAAAAAGCUAUAAAUUUAUUAAAAAGCUAAUUAAAUACUGUUCACUUAGUUUCAUUUUUAUAAAGAACUUUUAAUUAUUGAAUUAUGUAAUAAAGUACUUACAAUGAAUUAAAAAAAUUAUAAAUUCUAGAAAUCUAGUUAGAUUGAAUAAGAAAAAACUUUAGCUGCAUCAUAUUUUUGUAAGUCUAAUAAGAUAAUAUAUUAAGUAUUACAAUAAUAGGAAAAUAAUUAACAUGUUAUAAAAAAUGAAAUAGUUGCAUAUAAUUUUUAAUGUAAUAAGAGAUUAAGAAUAAUAAAAUUAAGAAAUACUACAAAACAAGGAAACAUUAAAUUAUCAUUAAAAAAAGAUUAAAAAACAUUGAUACUGUUAUCUAAUGAAUAUAUAUUAGUAUAUGAUAUGUCAAAAGGUGUUAUAGUAUUUUGUUUACCAUUUGCUUAAAAGUUUUAAGUUAACAAUUAUGAUUUUUAGGGAUAUUUUUUAGUUCAAAAUUAGGAAAGAAGGGCAUUGAUAUGGAAAUAAGAAAAACUUUUUGAAAGAGAUAUUAGAUUAUUUUUCAAAAGACUAUGA